AUGCAAGCUAUUGGUAUGGAAAGCGGUGCCAUUGUAGACUCCCAAAUAACUGCUUCUUCGGAAUGGAACGUCUACAGCAGUCCCAAACGAGCGAGAUUGUAUAUUAAAGAGACUGAUAGCUAUUCGUGGGGCGCCUGGUCAAGUCUGGCGAAGGAUGCGAACCAAUGGCUUCAAGUUGAUCUUGGUAAGAUAACGCCGGUGACACAUGUGGCUACACAGGGAAGAGAUACCUGGGAUCAGUGGGUAAGGAAGUACAAGUUGCAGUUCAGCGACGAUGGAGCAUCAUUCUUGUUUUACAAGAGACAAGGAGAAUCUUUGGACGCGGUAAAUAGAAAUAUUAUAUAA